CGACUCUGGUCCACUUUCACAGCUGUGUUUAUUUACACGCUCCCAAUUUUAUCGAAUGCAGCAGUUCUUUAUUUGAAUACCAAAAAUGCUCGAAAGUUUGGAAGAUUGUUUGACCUGCCGAAGAAAAACGGACAAUUUUCUCCGCAUAUCAGAUGAAGCAAACGUUGAAGACGUCGGUGCCAUUCUGACGAGGCACUUCUGGUUCCAGGUCGACCAGUAUGAGCAUCGUGUGCUCUGCACCAGCUGUUGGGAGAAAAUAGAGGAUUUUCACAAAUUUUACUGCGAUGUUGAACAGUUGUGGGGCGGAGACGCUUUGUCCGGUGACAUGGCUAUCAAAGCGGAACAGCUAUCCAACGAAGACGAACAGAGAGUAUGCGAGCUGGCGAUGGAAGAUGAUACCAAGGAAGGACAAACAUUUGAGAUGAGAAGCAGCACAGAAGGCAAGGAUGAAGCUGAAGACAAGCUUUUGGAAACUCAGCAGGAAAACUCUUCACAUGAUGAUGAAUUGGAUUCUGAGGCAGAGAUCGCGGAUGAAGAGAUCGUAACUGACGAUUCAGAGGAAGAUUCCUCAGUUCCCAUCGCAAGGAGAUGUAGGUCAGGCAAAAGAAAAGCGACAACUGCUCUGAGUGGAAAAUCAACGCGAAAACUGCGACAUGUAAAUUCUCAGCGACAGAUGAAUCUAGAGCGGAAUGAACUGAUUUCAAAAUAUAUUCAGCUCAAAUGUGAUGUGUGCGAUCAUACAUCUACGACACUAUCUCGAUUACUGCUUCACUACAGAAGAUAUCAUGAUAUGCAAGGAUAUGUUACAUGCUGUGAUCGCAACUUCCAAAAGAAGUCAACACUCUUUGAGCAUUUGUGUAGGCACGAAACUGGCAGUAUCGAUAAAGAUGAAUCAGCUUUUCAAUGCAUCCGAUGUGAACCGGUGAGGUCGUUUAAGGACGAUGAGGGUCUACGGCUGCACAACGUGGUAUGCCACUCGGAAGAGUCGGAGAAGAAGUUCAAGUGCGAUCAAUGUGAGAAAGCUUUCGCUAGCGAAUGGCAGCUGUCCGGUCAUAAAAAUUGGCAUCAGAAUGUCGAAAGCUUGAAUAUAUAUUGUGAUAAAUGUAGCAAAUACUUCAAUUCUGUUCGUACUUUAAAUACUCAUAUACGUGCGCAUCAUGCAGAAUCAGCAAACACUUUCUCAUCAUCGGUCUCAACUACAGCGAUAGACAACGGGCUGAUAGUUGCGACAGACUCAACUAUCCCCGAACCGAUAAUAGCUAGCGUGGAUCAAUUAUCAGUAACAACCACAGAACAUCCUAAAAUCAAUUCGCAAAUGACUCGAGUCACAUCUUCUGCGUCGUCGAGAAAAUCACUGAAGACGUCGGAUGAAGUUGCCCACCAAGAUGAGUUGAUUCGAAAGUUCUGCUCUCUGGUAUGCGAAAAGUGUGAAUUUGUGGGCGAGAACUACUACCAGCUGGACAAGCACUACAGGAUGGAUCACAAUACGCGCGGCUACGCGGUCUGUUGCGGACGGAAGUUUUGCAAAAAGCGAAGAUUGUUCGAGCACUGCCAAAGGCACGUCAACCCGGAUAUGUUCCGCUGUGAGCUGUGCAACAAAUCAUUCACCGAAAGCGAUGGCCUGGAAAAGCACAACAAAUGGGUUCACACACCGGACUCCGAGAAACCGUUCAAAUGCGAUAUCUGCGAUGCGGCCUUCUACAAGGACUACCUGCUGCGGAACCAUAUGAAGUAUCACAUUUCCAUGGAGCAGAAAAUUUUCAACUGCAAGGAUUGUGACAAAUCUUUUGGAACUGCAGUACUCCUACGUGCCCAUCAACAAAACAUACACGGAGCCGCAUCCAGUUGGGUCUGCGACAUCUGUGCCAAGGGAUUUGUCCACAAAUCACUACUCGAAACACAUCGGCUAUCCCACACAGAGGAAGGGGCCGCCAGUUUGAAGAAACAGUGUGAACAUUGUAAGAAAUGGCUCAAGAACAAGGACACCUACAUGAACCACCUGAAGCGAUGCUUGGCCGGUGGUCCUGUGACGUGUGAUAUUUGCGGCAAGGAAGCGGUGAACGAACUGGCUCUGGCCAGUCACAAACGGUUCAACCACGAGGAGAGGCCAUCGUUUGCGUGCAGUUAUUGUGGCAAACAGUUCAAGCGGAUUCUGAGGUUGAAGGAGCACGAGGCAAACCAUCGCGGUGAGGUUCUGUAUUCGUGCCCGUACUGUCCUCGUACGUGCAAUUCCAGUUCCAAUAUGUACACCCACAAAAAGACGGCCCAUCCUGAACUGUGGGCUGCGAAGGUGGCGGAUCGAUUCUAUAAGCGAUAGGAUUUUGUGUCGUAUGGAUGAGGUAAGCCGCAAUAAUAGCCAUGAGAUCUUUGA